UUUGCGCACAGACUGGUGUGGGCUCCGUACUGCGCCGGCGCAGGCGAUGCGGGCGGAAUUAGGGCUGCUCGGAGGGGGAAUCUGGGAACAGUGAGGGCGGAAGCGGUCGCGCUGUGAGCUGAGGCUGCUCCGCCAGCGGGCAGAGGGGCGGUUUCCGCAUCAGAAGCAGGCUCGUCCGCGGAGGUAAACAGCAGCCCCCGCCCGCCCAUAGUGUUUCCAAUAAAUAGAAUCGCAAACAGUACUUUAGAGAAAUGACCCACUGGUUUCAUCGCAACCCUUUAAAGGCUACAGCUCCUGUCACAUUCAAUUUCUAUGGGGUAGCCAGCAGUCCUGCUGCAACAAAGAUUUGCAAUGACUUAAGAUCAUCCAGGGUACGACUCUUGGAGCUGUUUACUGAUUUGAGUUGUAAUCCAGAAAUGAUGAAGAAUGCAACUGAUUUGUACUUUUCACUCUUGCAAGGCUUUAUAGUCUCACUGGAUAACUCUUCCCAAGACUGCAAGUUGCGAUAUAUUCAGAAUUUUAAGUGGACAGACACAUUACAAGGACAAGUUCCAAGUGCCCAGCAGGAUGCUGUGUUCGAACUGGUUUCCAUGGGAUUUAAUGUGGCUCUCUGGUACACAAAAUAUGCAUCGAGACUGGCUGGGAAAGAAGAUAUAACAGAAGAUGAAGCAAAAGAUGUUCACAGAAGCUUGAAGAUAGCAGCUGGGAUUUUUAAACAUUUGAAGGACAGCCAUAUCCCCAAACUGAUUACACCUGUAGAAAAGGGGAGGGAUUUAGAAACUCGGCUUAUAGACUCCUACAUCAUCCAGUGCCAAGCUGAAGCUCAAGAAGUGACAAUUGCCCGAGCUAUUGAGCUGAAACACAAUCCUGGUCUGAUAGCUGCUCUAGCCUAUGAAACAGCCAAUUUCUACCAAAAAGCUGAUCAAAUGCUAUCCAGUUUGGAUCCAGCGUACACUAUUAAAUGGAGAAAGUAUUUACAAUUGAAGGCAUGUUUCUAUAUGGCAUAUUCAUACUGCUACCAUGGUCAAACUCUGCUGGCCAGCGAUAAAUGUGGAGAAGCAAUCAGAUCUCUGCAGGAAUCAGAAAAAUUUUUUGUCAAGGCUGAAGCAUUAUGCAAAGAAUAUGGUGAAACCAAAGGACCUGGGACUACUGCCAAACCCUCUGGCCACCUCUUCUUUAGGAAACUGGGAAGUCUGGUUAAGAAUACCCUAGAAAAAUGCCAGAGAGAAAAUGGAUUCAUUUAUUUUCAGAAAGUGCCACCCGAGGCUCCUCAGCUGGAGCUGAAGGCAAACUAUGGCCUGGUAGAACCCAUCGUUUUUGAAUUUCCUGCCUUGCAUGCACACUGGACCCCUGAAACACUUGUUGCAUUUGAUCUCACCAAGAGGCCAAAGGAUGACAGUGCUAAGCCAAAACCAGAGGAAGAAGUGAAACCUCUGAAAGAGCCAGAUAUAAAGCCUCAAAAAGACAGUGGAUGCCAGAUCUCUUAAACACCAUAAGUGCUUUGAAUUCCUUCUACAAGUUGUAUUUAAUGAACUCUGGGGCUUUCAUUUCAGAUCCCUUUUUCUAAUUCUUCUUAAUCCUAAAGAUUAAUUUACUGAUUUAUCUUUAGUAGAAGUCUCUUCAUUGAGAAUGUGGCUGGAUUUAUAAGUGAAAUUAUUUAUAGCCAGGCUUUUUGUUGUUUUAAAUGGGACCUCAGAAUGCUCUGAAAUGUCCAUGUUUAUAGAAAGUGUUUUAAGUUUAGGUGGUGGUUCUCAGGUUAGCUUCUAUACCGAGAAUAGCAUACUGAAGUUAGUAUUUCCCACCAUAGGAAAGGGUGGUAAAGUUAAAUAUAUGGUUUCUUUCCAUGAGGUUUAAUUCUUUACAUACUACUAAUAGUGUGAAGUGCCCAGAACAAAAAAGAUACAAAUGGAAGUUUUCCAGAAGCAAUCUUUUAGUCAUGUUCAUCACAAAGGCUUAAAACCCUGUCUCAUUCCCAUUCUGUUUCUGAUAAAUGAGAAAAGGAAUUCUCAGCUGGGAUUUAUCCAUGUGGAAACUUCUAUAGUGAAGUCACUUCACUAUACUUCUUCAGAAGCAGAAUUUCUCCAUAAUCAGAAUGCAGUUUAUACUCAAUUGAAACAACUGGAAACAAUUAUACUACUUCACUUUAAAUCAGGUUUCCCUAUACCCAAGUUCAUAGUAACCUGCUUCCUCUGUAGCUUGUUUAUUUUAUCCAACUGCUUACUUUGAAGCCUUUUCAUCUCAAUCUGGGAGUCUGGUGGUCGCAUGAGAGUAUGAGGCAGCAAGUAAGUGGAAAAAAUCUUAAAAUGAAUAUAUCAUGGUGUCAGACUUCCUGACUUUUUUGGAGUUUAAUACUGUGCAGGGUCCAGAAUGAGUGAAUUGUGGGUACUUAAAAUUCAGUGACUUCAUAGAACUCAGAUUAAUGCGUUUGACUGCAAUUAAUGUGCUGUAUUUUCAAUUGAGUAAUAUCUGCUCUGUCAAUGGCUUCCUAGAACUAAGACAAUGAGUAUUGCUAGCGUUUCAGCACAAAGGAGAUCCAGCUCUAGAUCUCCUUUACCUCAAACAUAAAUGGCAUCUUCUCCCAGCUUCCUUAAUUGCUAGCUGAAAAGAGCACCUUGAUAAAGAGCAGCUGUGGAAAAAAUGACCCCAGGCAAGACUGAGGCUGAUUGGAAGAAGGAAGUGCUCUGAAGAACUUAUUGUUUCUUUAACUUUCCCCACUAUUGAGGACUUAGACAAGUUAGUUUGCAGCCUUGGUAUCCUAUGGGCAUUCAGCAGUAGUGAGUUCAAUAGAACUGUGACAACAGAAACAUCUAUUUUCAUUUGUAACUGGUCAGAAGAUUGUCUGGCACACAACUAGUCACAGUGGUGUGUUCGUGUGUGUGCGUUCCUUCCAGGCUUGAGCUUUGCAAGUCAUUACACUUAGGAAUAAAGCUCUGCACCUUGAAGAAGCAUCUGCUGAUAAUAAGCACAGCAACCCAUGUGUUUAGCAUCGCGGGUUACAAGGAAAGUAUGCUCCAGUGCUCUGCUGUCUCCAUUCAGUACAGAGAUCAGUUCAAUGACUGUCUUGAUAUUCAAAAUCUUCUGUGGGACUGGAUGUAGCUUCCUGGCAGACCGGGACUUUCCACAACAGCUGGAACAAAGAAGCUGUUGGCCAAUAAGAGGUAAUUUAUGAAGUUGGGAAAUCGAACUUUCACAGAAACUGAACUGGACCAGGCAACUCAUUGCUACAAGAGAUAGGAAUGAUUGUGGUGCUAACCACUAUGGACAGAUCAGAUGCAAAACUCAUUUCUUCAAUUUUCCUUUCUCCUAAUCAGUUCUAUACAUGCAUUCCCUAUAAAUUAAUCAAACUAUUUCUCUUACAGGUUGUAAAGGACAAGAUAAUUUAUAUUUUUAACUAUUUGAGGUAUUUAGAUGUUUGGGGGGGGGGGCAGGGCUAUGAGUACCUGGAUAGAUAUUUCUCUCUCACAACUUCUCUAUUUUUUUUCUUGUUGCAUCCCAAGUUUUGAAGGAAGGUAGCUGAGUAUGUUUGGCCAAGGUUUCACACGUGUUGAUUUACUGAUGAGAAACUUCCAGUCCCCUGAAUAAUUAUAGGGGCCAUUUUAGGAUCUCCCACACUGGUAGUGG